CAUCUUCACUAUUCAACGGAUAUUUCCCUUCUAGAAAAGAAAAUAUUCUCCACAACACUUGCUCCAUGAUCUUUUGCACAUGCACAAUUAAAUAGUCCUUUGUCGCAUUCAUUGGAUACGUAAAGGCUGUGCAUUUCCAGAGAUCAUUCAUUCUCACGCAAUUGCAAUUAUCGCCUUGAAUAUUCACUUCUACAACACUCUACAACGCCUCGCCUGCUGUUGACCACAAGCUCACGACAUAUUGUCAAUACUACAGCAUUGUUUGCUUGAUCGUCGCACACUUGUCAAUUUUGCUACGCAUUCGGCACGACUCGCUCCCUCCCACGAACCCGCCUUACGGUUUUGCCAUCUUGCAACUUUGCAAUAAACAACUUUACUAGUCAACAUUCAUCAGCCAACACGAUGGGAUCGGUACUGUCAGAAAAGGAUGUUAAUGUCCCUGUCCAGGCCCAGGAUGCUGCCACUGCCAACAAUAACGGCAAGCCUUCUGGAGCUAAGGCUCUGGAAUACCAUCGCCAGAUGCUACAGUCUAAGAUGGCCGACGAGAAGUACGAGCAUUAUGCCAAAUCCACCAACUGCACCAAUGCCGCUGGCACAACUGGCAACGAUGUUGCUUCUCCCCCCGUCCAGAAUCCCAGAAGCCGACUUCUUGCUAACAUGAAUGCUGCCCUGAAUAGACAUCAGCAGUAUAUCUCUCCGUCGGAUAGCAUCAUGAGCCCCGCAACCGCCAAGUUGAACGCUCUUAAGGGUCGAGUUGCCAGCCGUAUCAAGCCGAAGUCUCUCUUCGCUCAGACUUCCGCCAAGAAGCUUGACGGCAGCGAUGUCUUCGGCUCCAAGGGCGCUAAGGGCCCCCAGGAUCGCUCCCAGGAUCGCCCGCAGGACUCCCAGAAUCCCCCCACCGAGGACCAACGUCAACCCGACCAGUAGAUUACCCGCUACUGCUCCUUUGGUAUCUUCGGUGUAUUGGACGGUGUUCUGAGUUAUUCUCUCCUGGUCGAUGAUUUGUCUUGGUCUCUUGCGUUAUGACGGUAUAGGGACAUGCAAUGGCGUUGGUGGAAGGGAGUUAACUCUCGGGUCAUGAAUAGGGGACCCCUUCUUAGGAUGUAACAUAGGAGGGAAUCGAUGCUUUGAUAAUUCAGCAUCAUGAAUGAAUCACGACAUUAAAACA